AUGUAUUUUACAUCAGAAUGUUUUACUAAACCUCCGCCAGGUAAAGGUGCUCACUCUCUUUGCUUGGAAUUCACUGUCAAAUCUCAGUGCAGGCCUGGACAGCCCUGGGGUGAAGUUCAGGGCUCAGUGGAUGAAAAGCCUUUCCUUCAGUAUGACAGUAACAGCAACAAGGUCAGACCUUUGGGUGUCCUGGGGGAGAAGGUAAACGCCACCAAAGCAUGGAUGGACUUGACUCAAACACUGGGAGAAGUGGGUCGAGACCUCAGGAUGAUCCUGCCUGUCAUCAAACUGGAGAAAAAGGGGACCAGGGGUCUUCGCACUAUGCAGGUCAAGCUGUCUUGUCAGCGUGAAGCAGAACGACGCACUGGUGCAUCCUGGGAGUUCAGCAUCGAAGGGCAGACAGCCCUCUUUGACACAAUGACCAUGAACUGGACAGUCGUUGAUCCUGGAGCCAGAGGGAUCAAGGAGGAGUGGGAGAACCACCAGGAACUGGCAAAGCAUUUCAGGAGAAUCUCAACUGGAGAUUGCAAUCACUGGCUUAGGGAAUUCUUAGAACACUGGGAGAAACUGCUGGAACCCACAGAACCACCAUUAAAGGCCCCAGACACCCACCAGUCUUCAUCUAUGUGGAUAAUCAUUGCAUCAGUCCUUAUUGGCUCAGCCCUAAUUUGCUUAGUCCUAAUUGGUGUCAUCAUCAUGAAAUGUAGGAGGAGAUCAG